AUGGUCCAGGACUACCUUGAGGCGAGCAUGCCAACAGUCGCAAUCAUUGGCGCCGGUCCAGUCGGUGCUUUGGCCGCCAUCUACUUUGCUCAAUCCAAUUAUGCCGUCCACCUCUACGAACUCCGCUCGGAUCCGCGACUCCCGGAGAACCAGCUCAAGAACUUCUCUAAGUCUAUUAACUUGGCGCUGAGUGACCGCGGUAUCGAAGGCUUGAAAGGCGCGGACAAGGAGUUUGCCAGGAAGAUCAUGAGUGAUGUGAUCCCUAUGCAUGGACGGAUGAUUCACGACGGGAAGGGCAAACAGGAGUCGCAGCUUUACGAUAUUCACGGCAGGCAUAUCAACGCCGUCGACCGCGGUUGGCUCAACGAGGAGUUGUUGACUAAAGCGGAGUCAUUCCCUAAUGUCCACGUUCACUUCAAGCACAAGCUCCUCCGAUGCGACUGGGACUCAAACACUUACCAUUUCCGAAACACAGCUACCAACGAAGAGGUCUCAAUCAAGGCUGAUCUCCUCGUCGGUGCAGACGGCGCUCAUUCCGUCGUACGAAACCAGAUGAUGCGACGAAUCCCGAUUUCUUUCUCUCAGCACUACAUCGACUCAACUUGGUGUGAAUUAACCAUUCCGCCUGUCUUUCCUACUUUCUCUGCUUCUCUUUCUACCUCCCUUCAAACACAAACUCCACCAGCGCCAAACUUCGCUCUCAACCCCAACCGCCUUCACAUCUGGCCACGCCAAACAUUCAUGCUCAUCGCUCUACCCAACACGGACCGAAGCUUCACCUGUACCCUCUUCAUGCCACAAGCAAUGUUCGACGCACUCACUACCCCCGCCGAGCUCCUCACAUUCUUCGAAAAGGAAUUCCCCGACGCUGUAGGCUAUAUCGGCAAAGAUCGCCUCGUCCAUGAAUUCUUCCGUAACCCGAAAGAACCCCUCGUCUCCAUCAAAGCAAGCACUCAUGUGCUGCCCGGCCGCGCAGUCAUCCUCGGCGACGCCGCACAUGCCAUGGUCCCCUUCUACGGCCAAGGUAUGAAUGCAGGUUUCGAGGAUGUCCGAAUCUUGCAUGAGCAUCUUCGUGCGAACCCCGGUGAUAUCCCGACUGCGUUGGCGGCGUACGAUAAGGAACGGGUCAAGGAUGCCCAUGCCAUCUGUGACCUCGCGCUUCACAACUACGAGGAGAUGCGUGCGGGCGUCAAUUCGCGGGCCUACCUCCUCCGCAAGAAGACCGAGGAGUGGUUCUACGCAAAUGUACCCGCCCUCGGUAUUAGAACGCUAUACACCAUGGUCUCCUUCGACCCUGCAGUGCCAUACUCCGCUGCUCUCCGUCAUGCGGAGUUGCAGGGCACGUGGUUCAAGUGGGUUGGUGCGUUGGUGAGCGUGGGUGUUGUCGGAGCGUUGAUUACUACGGCCAGGGUCGUGGCAAGGAUGAUGGGGUGGAUUGAUAGGGUUGAUAGGUAUGGGCCUAUGGGACCGGGAAGGGUGUGGAGGAUGGGUGUGGGUAUGGCGAAUGAUAUUUGGAGAAGGUGGGCGUAG